AUGGUUCAGAACCGCGGCAUCACGAAUGCAACCCUGGAUCGCCUUAUUGGAUGGUUCCUUGGGCUUCCUUCGGAACGAUGCGGCUACACCAUCGAGACCGUUUCGAUUCCACUCAAAGAUGGCGCCAUCCUAGCAGCCGACCUUUAUAAACCUGACGGCAUGGAACCACUCGGAACUAUUCUCGCCCAAUGUCCGUACGGUAGAGGCAUUUUCAUGGCCGCUGGAAACGCUCGUAUAUUUGCACCACGCGGAUACCAGAUUCUUCUCGUCAGCUGCCGCGGAACCUUCGGAUCGACAGGUGACUUCAACGGAGGUUUCUCGCAGCUUGAAGAUGGACAAGAAAUUGUCUCAUGGAUGCGCGAACAACCAUGGUAUACGGGGACUUUCGCUACGAUUGGUGCCUCGUUCAUGGGCUACGCACAAUGGGCACUUCUUCGUGAUCCACCGAAAGAUAUGGUCGCUGCCAUCAUCACCGCCGGCCCACACGAUUUCGCCGAAAGCAACUGGGGAACAGGAGCAUUCAGACUACAGCAACGUCUCUCCUGGGCUGAUCUUAUUAUGCACCAGGAAACGGCCACCAUCAGUGAUCGGUUAAAGAUGAUCGGGACUACUAGGAUUGAUCCGAUGAUGAACGCAACGCCAUUGCAGGAACAUGUCGAUGCAUAUUUUGGCGACAAAGCGUCGUGGCUCACACACUCACUCACGCACCCGGACAUCACGGAUCCAAGUUUGGCAUCACAAAGGCAUUCCGAAGCCCUUGAAAAGGCCAAUAUCCCAAUAUUGCUCAUCUCGGGCUGGCACGACGUCUUCUUAGACCAGACCAUGCAUCAGUAUCAACGAUUACUCGAACGUGGGUGCAAUGUCGCGCUCACCAUCGGCCCUGGAGCUCAUAUGGAUGUCCAAAACGGCGACAGCAAUCGUGACACCUUGGUCUGGCUCGAAAAAUACCUUGCAGGCAAGGAGGAUGUCGAAAGGACGACACCGGUUAGAGCUUGUCUUGGAAGUCCUGGUCAGGGGUGGUUCGGUCUUCCGAUCUGGCCACCACAUCUAUAUACACAAACUACACCUUUAGAGUUUUACUUGCACCCUAAUGGGAUUCUUGAACGUUCUGAGCCUUCAGAGGAAGCAUCUUCCUCCUUCAUUUUCAAUCCCGAAGAUCCUACACCAACUGUUGGAGGUCCUCUUCUAACUGGUGGCGGAAGCGUCGACGACACAGCACUGGCGGCCCGAGACGACACCCUCGUGUUUACGACAGAAGUUUGGGAGAGGGGAAUGAUAAUCGCGGGUCAACCAGUGGUUAAGCUGGAACAUUCCAUGGAUCGACCAUAUGCCGACUUGUUUGUUCGUCUCAGCGAAGUAAACGCAAAGGGCAAGAGCUAUAACGUGACGGAAGCAUUCACACGGCUUCCAGUGGAGAGGGACAGUCGAUCAGUGACUAUUCCAAUGCGGCAUAUUGCUCACCGGUUCGCCGAGGGCUCAAAGAUUCGACUUGUUAUUGCUGGAGGAUCUCAUCCCCAGUUUGCUCGUAACUAUGGAUCUGGAGAGCCACUUGCUACGGGGACAACCUUGAUCCCAGUGAAGCACACGGUCUAUCACGGUACUCAAGGGAUCUCAUCCAUUGAGCUUCCAACCAUGAGUGCUUUUGUCUGA